AAUAUGCACAUUAGGUGCAGUUAUGUCUCGAUGCUCUUUCAUCCGCUCAGAAAAAGGGUUACUUGGAGCUGAAGUAGGAGCCAGUAUGGGGUAGAAAUGCUUUCGCCACCAGCAAUUCGCACAUUUAUCUCAUUCGGGUGGAAUCUCUAUAGUGCUAUUGGAGAUGGUUGGCUUUUCUGGUUUGGGCAGGGACUGUUUCCUAUCAGAGCUGUUUUCUUAUUAACAAAUCGUCGCCAUGUCGUUGAACUUGAAUUGCUUGAAAUUGGUUGGCUCCCACCCCAAUAUUUAGUGGAUUCUAGGGGGUCUGCAGCCAAAGGAAGGGCUACGAUUCCGACUGGAGCUUAAUUAGUUGUUUCGGGUGCUAAAGAAAAUGACGUUCCCUAGAUUCAUAGCUCCACAUCAAUUUGCUAAAUUAGUCUUGAGAAAUCCUGGAACAUGGUCCAAACGAAUCGUUGCCAGGUUCUGCUGGGAACUCAGGGUGGGAAGCGAAGCAGAAGCCAUUUUAACUUCGCAGUCCUGAUUUUUAGGAGCUAGUCCAUUUGUUGCAGCAAAAUCGAAAAGGCUUCGAAGUCACCCGCAAGCAAGGGAAUGGUGCGUCUGUGUGUCGUGCGGUGUAUCUGGGGGGCUCUUUAGUGAGCCUGUCUGAGGGGAUAAACCAGAUUGUCGCAUUCAUGGUGGUACACAAGCGAGGCACUAGGAACAAACAGAAUGAACUUCAAGUUGUCUGAAUGGCUGUGGACAUAGUCCCUUUGGAAAAUGGGGGAAAUUAGGCACUUUUGAGAGCUACCUUGACAACCCUUGUAUGGUAUGGACACGCCUGAAGAUUUGGGGAGGGGGAAAUCGGAACAAAAAAAUUCUACCUGCCUCUUGCUCCAGCUAAAGGCGAAGUGCGCAGUAUAGGUGUGUGUCAUUGCGGAUGCCUCUGCUAUCACGCACUGCAGAUAUUUUAUACCCCAUCGGGUUAGACCGAGACCUUUUUGGGUUCAGCCGUGAUAACAAUGUGAGGAUUUGGGCUUUCUUUCUUUCUUUCUUUCUUUCUUUCUUUCUUUCUUUCUUUCUUUCUUUCUUUCUUUCCCACACCUGUAAGGGUUUUGCCAGAUUUUUACUCAUCUGUGGCCUGUGCGUUUGCAUAUAAUGUCCUGCAAAAGCGUGGCUUUCAAGGGGUUUUUACAAAAGCGAGCCUAGGUAUUAUAAAGGCGAGUGUGUGAGCGUUUUUAUUUGGAGACCAACAUGCCCUGUGGCUAAACUAGACAUUUUGUACUGUGGAGGAAUUAAAGAUUCCUAUAGAGAUUUGGUAAAUGCUCUGAGAAUGAACCGUUCUCUCGCUGCAGCGAUUUCUGAAGCCUAUUAAUGAAUCAAUUCAUUUUGCUUCCACACUACGUGGCCCAUUGAUGUGCUCACGUUACGUAUCAUAACAUUUUAACAUAGUCUGGGCUAACGCUUAACAUUUAGCUCUGCCUUAACUACCACAACUUCCUUUCCCCCUUUCAAAGGACCAUUGUCUGAAGUUGGGGGUGUCCGAAGAGGUUCACUUUAUCUGAUAGUCAGCUUUCCAAGGAAAUCGUGGCGGUUGGGUUUCUAUUCCUCCAAAGAUGUGAUGUUGCAUCAUAAUCGCUCAUUGUAGAUUAACUCCGCAAGAGCCUCCCUUUAACACAACGGGCUCCUCGUAUAUUUCUCUUGUCAGUCUCUCCCGCACUUAGGGAAGGGGGAAAUAAGGUUCCUGGAGUCUCAUAGUUUGAAUGUUGUAACGGAUUUUGAUGCCAACUGUGGAUUUCUACAGCCAAUCCGCCCAGAGGUUAGAAUAUGUAAAACAGGGUCUUUGCUAUGCUAAAUGUAUUCUCCUCCGCUGCUGACCAGUGCGACUGACCAGUGUUGCCAGCAGUGAAUUGCAGUGCCGAGGUCUGGCACCGGACGGCUCGGGGUGCCCUUUCCCAGGGGGGCUGCCCGUGCCUACGUCUCUCCGGGUGUGCAGAGACAUGCCUAGGCAGCGGGGCUGGCAGGGGCGGUGUGUGCGCGCGCUUGGCUCUGGCGGUGGCAGGGGCUGCGUUUGGAGCCGCGUGUGGGAGUCGCUACCAGCCGGUGCCUCCCCAGGUGCCUCGCCUGGCUCUCGACUCGCCUCAGCGGGCGGCGGCGGGAAGGAGGCAAAAAAUGUAACAUUUGUCCAAAUGCCUGGCUCGCCUCUCGGUGCCGGGGAGGCUCCUUGGCGAGCUCCUCGCAGCCUGUCCGAGGGGCUCAUAUAGAUAUAAGGACAUUUCUACAUUGCGUCACGUGACAUAAUUACCACGAGAAUCAAUCAAGAUGAAUUGCACGUCAGCACACGGUGGGGAUUUUUGCUUAGUUGAUCCUGUCCAAAGCCUCUUGUGCAAUAGAUGGAUCUCGUUCAAUGCACUGAAGUCUCCUGGUUGCUUGCAAUCGCACAAGGGAAGACAUGACCGAGUUUGAAGAUUGCAGCCACGGCGCAUCCAACAUGUAUCUCCCCGGGUGCGCUUAUUACGUCUCCCCUUCCGACUUCUCGACGAAGCCCUCUUUUUUGUCGCAGUCGUCUUCCUGUCAAAUGACUUUCCCCUAUUCCUCCAAUUUACCUCAUGUCCAACCUGUGCGCGAAGUGGCAUUCAGGGAAUACGGAUUAGAGCGCAGCAAAUGGCAGUACCGGAGCAGCUAUGCUCCUUAUUACCCCGCGGAGGAGGUUAUGCACCGAGACUUUCUGCAGCCCGCGAACAGGCGGACGGAAAUGUUAUUCAAAACGGACCCCGUGUGCGGUCACCAUGGACCCGCCGGGGCUGCCUCCAACUUCUACAGCCCGGUGGGGAGGAACGGCAUUCUCCCGCAGGGCUUUGACCAGUUUUACGAGACAGCCCAGGGACCCCCGUACCAGCAGCCAGCCGAGACCGAGGGGGAAGCGGCCAAGAGCGACUUGAAACCUCCGACUAGCACUUGUAGCAAAACACCUUCCAGCCACGAGAAGAAAGUGACAACAGAAAACAGCGCCGGUUCCCCUUCUGGUGAGGCUGUUGCAGAGAAGAGCAACAGUUCAGUCCCCCAGCGAUCAAGGAAAAAGAGAUGCCCCUACACCAAAUAUCAGAUAAGAGAAUUGGAACGUGAAUUUUUCUUCAACGUAUACAUAAACAAAGAAAAAAGACUGCAGUUGUCCAGAAUGCUAAACCUCACCGACCGGCAAGUUAAAAUCUGGUUCCAGAAUCGAAGGAUGAAAGAAAAGAAACUGAACAGAGAUCGACUCCAAUAUUUCACUGGAAACCCCUUGUUUUGAGGGGAAAAAAGAGAAGAAAAAAAACUCGCUCUGACCUGCCAUAUGAGUACGCCAGGAGUUUGGUUUACAGGACACAUUCACCCAGCGGAACGCAAAGUUUCAUUUUCUUGUUCAACUCUGGUGCCUCCAAACAAUCAAUGUCCACUGGACAUCUCGGGGCUUGGCGAAGCACGCUCCUCAUAAGGGGAAACCCAAACCUCCAUUCUCCUGUGUUUGUCGCCCAAGGUGGUUUUUUUUCUCUCUCAUGAUGGCACCAAUGGACCGGCGGUGUGUAUGGUAGAUUUUGCUUGAGUUUUUUCCCCCCUGUUGGCUUUGCGCUAGGAUAAUCCCUUUCUCCCUUAAAUGAAUGCAGUUAAUUUAAAAGAUGGUAAAUGUACAUUGUGUGUGUGCUUGUGUAUGUGUGUGUGUGUGUGUGUGUGUGAUACAUACGCAUGGGCCACUGUCUUUUUCAUAUGAAUAAAUGGUUUGUAGUAAAGUUAAGGUCAUAUCUUCUGCUCACUUAUGGAUUGCCAUCUCUGAAGAAUCAGCGUGUGUACCGGACUAGAGCCAAAAUCAGCGAAGUAACGAGGGAGAAAGUUAAGUCAAAUUAUGUUAAACGGAAUUUAAAUGAAUAUUAGUUUAAAACUCUAACUGAUUAUAUAUGAAACCUUCACUUGUUAUUCCCCCUCAGUUUAAGGCAGCCCAAAGAUGGCUGUUUGAAGAUCACCACUUUUGAUGGUGCCACAAUUAAAAAAAACUAUGGAAAAAGCUUAUUCAGGCUUCUAAUGUUUGGGACAAGAAUUCAAAGCUCAGAACGUUUACUAGCUUCGGAAGGGUUGUCAGAUUGAGCACCGGGAACAUUUCAGACAACAGGCAGCUGUAAACAAUUGCAACCAUUUAAAAUACAAAGUUUAGCGAAAAAGGCGUAAAUAUGUUCCCCAUUUUUAACCAAUUCGUUCUGAGUUUCCUGUAUUUGAUCACAGGAAUGUAGUCAGUUCCCCCCACGUUAGUGUAACAUAACUGACCCUUGUCUUUAUUUUGAAAGUAAAACAAUUUGGAGAAGCUCCCCUCUUCACAUCAUGCAGUAUGACCUGACUGAGCUGUUUACAAAACCUUGAACUGUCUAGACAACACCAUAAAAACCGAGGGUCUAAACAGCUUAAUUGGGUUAUAUUAUACACCUUCUGGUGGGUGAAAAAGAGAUUUCCGCAAAGUGCAAUAAAGGAAAGGAGUGAGAAAAGAAUUUGGCUUUUUUGAAUAGACCUAAGUGGCUCUCAUUACACUUGCAUCCAAUAAAUGCAAAAGUAGGGAAAUAAUUCAGGAAAAGACAAAAAACUAAUAAUUAUCUGAUAAAAUCGUGAAAAGGCAUAGCUUAAAAAAUAAUUUUUGAAACUCUUUAGCAAGAAAAACAUAAGUGUAUGCCUUUGAACUUCCAAAAUGUCAAGGUCAUCACCUUUAACCUUUCUGAAUAAUUAGGCGCCUUAAGGUUCCUCUGUUAUUUUCAACCACCACCCACUCUCUCUCUCUUUCUCUCUUUCUCUCUCUCUCUCUCCAUCUCCA